GCUCGUCCCUGUCACUGGCACUUGGCAUAGGAGACUCAGAGGCAGUAGGUCAUCCUCAUCGAGUCCUUCUCAUCCUCAGACCUAAAGGGGGUGUUUGCUCAACGACAGUGUUCCUGGAAAAGUUCUCAAUGGUUUUAUAACCAAAGCCAGCUGCUGUAGGCCCAUGCUUGAAUGUGUGCGUGUGAACUACAGAGGAGGAGUGUGUUUGAGUGUGUGCACGCACGUGUGUGUGCAGCUUCCCUUUUCAAAAAGACAGAGAGAAAGAGAGAGAGAGAGGGUGAGCGAGUGAGAGAGAAAGUUUUACCACUUUUUUUUUAGGCAUGAGCGCCGAGAUCUUCAGUCCAUACAGCUGCGACAUGACCUCCAUGGAUGCAUUUUAUAGUCCUCCUGCAGCACAAACUCGGGACCAGCAAACGGAACACUUCAGGACGUUGCCAGCAUCCCCUGAUACCAAAUACAGCCCCACUGCGUUCUUGCAGGCCCACAAAGGUCACGCGUACGGAGACAAGCCCCGGAGUUCGUUCCAGCAGGAGUGCCACUCAUUGGACGCAGCCGGAGCCGGUCACGCUGCUUUCAGCAAAUUCCACCUCUUCACGCACAGGUCCUCCAGUAAAACACCUCCGGAGGAAGGCGAGGGACACCGGGAAGGCGCAGAGAUCGUCCCCUGCUAUGGUAAAGACAGUUCACAUCUAACGGAUUCGGACUUGACUCCACUCUCCGAUCAUCCAACAAUGGACACCAGCUACCUGGCCGUGAAGGAUCAGAGUGUCAACGCAACAUCUGAUAGGUUGCCAGGCGCUGAUUUAGCCAACCCCCAUGAUAAGAGUGAUAGCAGCGAGAGCAAUAAAGGCAAGAAGAGGCGCAAUCGCACCACCUUCACCAGCUACCAGCUGGAAGAGCUGGAAAAGGUCUUUCAGAAGACGCACUAUCCAGAUGUUUACGCCCGUGAGCAGCUGGCGCUACGGACGGACCUGACUGAAGCACGUGUGCAGGUGUGGUUCCAGAACCGGCGGGCCAAAUGGAGAAAGAGGGAGCGUUUUGGUCAAAUGCAGCAGGUUCGAACGCACUUCUCCACAACUUACGAGCUGCCUCUGCUGACACGUCCCGAGAGUUACGCACAGAUUCAGAACCCUUCCUGGAUUAGCGGCAGCAGCGCAGCGUCACCUGUGCCAGGCUGCGUGGUGCCCUGUGACACGGUGACCCCAUGCAUGACCCCUCACCCCCACUCGGCCAGCGGGGUGUCUGAGUUCCUGGGUGUUCCCAGCCCCGGAGGUCACAUGGGCCAAGCUCACAUGGGCAGCCUGUUCGGAGGAUCUCCCGGCAUGGCUACGGGGCUCAACGCGUAUGAUCUCAACAUGGACCCUGACCGCAAGUCCUCGAGUAUCGCCUCUCUGCGUAUGAAGGCCAAAGAGCACAGUGCAGCCAUAUCUUGGGCCUCAUGAUGCGUCAAAGCCAAAGGGGACGAUCUUUAUCUCCCUGUUGAUGUCCGAGCCAGCCUGGAGUGGGCUGAAGGCGCACACAUAAAAAUCUACAGGCAACAGUGACUACCUUCAUGAAGGCUGCUGACAAAUGCAAAUGAUGAAGCAAUUAUUCAGAAUGACUUGAAGUGGACUUUGUGGAGUGGGAGACAACUCUGUGCCGUUAGAGUACAGUAUUUUUUUUUUAACUAAUUCAUGCACUUAUUUUGCUAAAAUACAGAAAGGUUUGUUUGUACAGUGCUUUCAGUGAGUUCGGGUGCUCUUUUAUUCUUACUUCACUAUUUAA